AAUUGGGACGACUGCAAAAGCUUUCCUCUGACUCCCCGCUUGUGCUCCUCCCGUGUUGUGUCCUGUCUUCCCCCCGGGCUCGUAACCCCCUCCCUUUGCCAGUCACCUGAGUCGCAACCAGCUCACAUGGCUCCCAGGAGAACUGGGACGACUUCCCAAGCUCAUCCACCUCCUCAUGGACAACAACCGGCUGAACCAGACCUUUCCAGCAGGGCUCAGUGGCUCCAGGAGCCUCGAGAUCAUCCAUCUGAGCAACAACACCAUUCAGGGCCGCCUACCACCGACUCUCGACCUCCCGCAACUGCAAGACCUGUCCAUGAACAACUGCUCCAUGCCGCCUCAGCCACUCCCCUCCCUUGCGGGCCUCCCAGCCCUCUGCUACCUCGAUUUGAGCCGCAACAACUUCCGCGGCUCAGUGCCGCUUUCUCUCUUCAGCAGCCACCCAGAGCUCGUGACCCUCAAUCUCGCCAGGAACCAUCUCAGCAGCUACCUCCCUCCCGUGGUGGCCUCAGCCAACCUCACCCGGCUCCACUCCAUUAUCCUCUCCGACAACAACCUGACGGGCCGUGUGCCUCUCUUGGACACCCUCCCUGCCAUCGCCACCAUCUCCCUCUUCGACAACCACUUCACAUGGGCGUCUGCUGCCCUGCUCAGCAAUGAGAACGUCACCCUGCAGCUCUACGGCAAUGAUCUCUGUGUGCCCUACCGCCCCGAGGUCACUGCUGCCUGCUCCCCUCCGCGUGACAUCAUGCAGUACCAGCCGCCCCCCAUCUGCGACCACCUCUCCUGCCCCUCCCUGUACUCGCCCAGCCCUCCUCUCCUCGCCCUGUCCAACGUCUGCACCUGUGUGUCGCCGCUGGAGGUUGAGCUCAAGCUCACCGCACCACAGUAUGCAGUGUUCAAUGACGAGCUGGCGGACCUGCUUAUAAAGAGGAUAGCGGAGAGUCUGGGCAAGAACGGGAUCGGCAUCUCGACUGGGCAGAUCGCCAUAGUGUCAGCGGACGGCUCCAUCCUCUCCCCUUCCAGCAUCACCACCACCAUCCGUUUCUUCCCCCCUCCCUCCUCUUCCUCUCUCUCCUCCUCCUUCGCUUCCUCCUCCCCCCCGCUGCCUUCCCCCCGUCUUCUUCCUCCUCCUCCUCUUACUCCCCCCCCCCCUCUUCCCCUUACUCCUCCCCCACUUCCUCCUCCUCCUCGUCCUCCCCCCCUCCUCUCCGCCUCCACCCUCUUCCCCUUCCUCUUCCUACGGCACUUACUCCUUCACCCCUGGUGCCACCAUCAGCACCACUGCCAGCACCACCGCAAGGGUCAGCAGCGACACCAGCACCACUGCCAGCAGCAGUGGCAGCAGCAGCAGCAGCAGCAGCGCUACCACCAGCAGCAGUGGCAGCGGCAGCAGUGCAUGGCAGCCAGCGGAUCAGCCACAGGAGAUAAGAGAGGCGUUUGUGUGGCACAAGGUGAUGCUGGGGCCUGACUUCGGGCCGUUUACAGUGGAGGCUAUGUAUGGGCCAGGU